CACCAGUCACCACCCAAAUUCCGGUUUUCAGUCACAAUGAGUGACCAAGUGAAGAAGGUCAUCAUCAACUCAAAGCUUACGACAGUGUCCAGCAGGCCAGUUGAGCCAGGGAAGACUCACCCGUUGAGCCCUCUCGACCUUGCCAUGUCUCUGCACACUCUGCACCUCAUCUUCUACUACGAGAAGUCACCUUUCAGGUUUUUUGACUUGGACCCCUGGAGGGUCUCCUUGUCGGAGGUUCUCUCCUUAUAUCCCCCUGUCACUGGCCGUCUGGCACGAAGUGAGGCAGGUGAAUGGGAAGUGAGAUGUAACGAUGCUGGGGUUCGGAUUUUGAGAGCUAAUGUUGGGGUACCAAUGGAUGAAUGGUUGAGAUCCGCUCAUGGGUCAGAAGAGAAAGAUUUGAUCGUUAGGGAGGAUAUGCCAGAGAAUCCAAGUACUUGGUCGCCUUUCCUAUUUCAGGUCAGUGAAUUUGAAGGGGGAGGAGUAGCCAUUGGACUGAGCUGCCCCCAUAUGCAAGCAGACAUAACCACUCUGGUGCUGAUCAUUAAAUCAUGGACAGAAGCUCAUCGCCAGCAGCCCAUUAGACAUCCACCGAUCUAUCCACGCGUACUCCAUGGUCGAGCUGUUCCAAGCACUAGUGUAACAUCAACUACUGCUUACCAUGCAGCCAAGUCAUCAUCAACUGGUUCACAAACCAGUUGCAAUGUGGAGAUGGUCACGGUCACCUUCAAGUUUUCUGAUUCAGUAAUCCGGCAAUGCCUGUUAGAAAUUCAAGAUCAGUGCCCCGAUGCCACUCCAUUUGAUAUGCUAGCCGCCCUCUUCUGGACUCGAGUUGCGCUUCUCAAGGCUCCAAAAGAUGAACAUAGCCAUAAAUACUCUCUUAAAGUGUCCAUAGACUUCAGAAGGCUGCUGAAAGAACCACUUCCUUAUGGGUAUUUUGGUAAUGCACUAUAUUUUUGUCUGCUAUCAUUAGGUGAAGAAGAUAUGUUUUCCUUCGGCGGGUUGGGCCACGUGGCAGGUCUUGUGCAUCGUCACGUGGCCGGGCUCGGGGAAGAGGAUUUUUUAUCAGUUGUGAACUGGCUUGAAUCACAGAAGGGUGCACCACCCUUCAGGAUGUAUGGUCCUGAACUUACCUGUGUUAGCUUGGAACAUAUGGUUAAUGGGGAUAAGUCCUUAAUGUAUUCUGCUGCUUUUGAGAGCAAUGCGAAGCCUUCCCAUGUAUCUUGCCAUGUAGGCAAUUUCGAAGGCGAAGGGCUGAUAAUGGUCAUGCCUUCGCCAGAAGAAGGGCUUGCACGGACAGUGAAGGUGACAUUGCCUGAUCAGGAGGGCAUUGCCAAGUUAUGUGAAGAUCAAGCUAUUUUGCACCUUAAGCCAACAAUGCUCUUCACUGGCAGGUUGUAGAAUUUGUUUUCAUAUAUUGAAAGUGUGCCGAAGACCAAGUCCAAUAAGUUUGUUAGCAGGGCCCUGUUAAAGUGGAGUGUACCGACCUUUUGAUAUCUGAUGAAGCCAUGUUUUUAAUAGGAAAGUUAUUGUUCUUUGUGUUCUGCUGUCGGAGAAUAACUCGUUAUACGGUGCGUCAAUUUCUCAUCUGUUUAUUCUAUUUUCUUUCUUGUAGUUGUUGUGUUUUCAAUAUUCAGCAUCCAUUGCCUAUUUAAAAAAAAUUUAUUCAGCAA